AUGUCUGCCGAACCUGACCACACGAAUCCAAAGGUGGACUUAUCAAAAGAUCCAUCAGGUGCAGUUAAGACGGACGACGAGGUUGCGACGGCAAUCUUGAAAAAGAAGAAGAAGCCCAACUCGCUCAUCGUGACUGAUGCCGUCAACGAUGACAACUCCAUCAUAGCUCUGUCAAACAACACCAUGGAGACACUGGAAAUCUUCCGCGGUGAUACCGUCCUAGUCAAGGGCAAAAAAAGAAAGGACACUGUUCUCAUUGUCCUUGCCGAUGAUGAUCUCGAUGAUGGCAGCGCUCGCAUAAACAGGGUGGUUCGCCACAACCUCAGAGUAAAGCAUGGUGAUGUGAUCACUAUCCACCCAUGCCCAGAUAUAAAAUACGCGAAGCGUAUCGCUGUCCUUCCCAUCGCCGAUACCGUCGAGGGUAUCACCGGCUCUCUCUUCGAUGUAUUCCUUGCUCCAUACUUCCGGGAAAACUACCGUCCGGUACGGCAAGGUGAUACUUUCACAGCCCGUGGUGGCAUGCGACAAGUAGAGUUCAAAGUCGUGGAGGUAGAUCCACCCGAGAUGGGAAUCGUGGCACAGGACACUGUGAUUCAUUGCGAGGGCGAGCCCAUCCAACGUGAAGAUGAAGAAGGAAACCUCAACGAGGUCGGCUAUGAUGACAUUGGUGGUUGCAGAAAGCAAAUGGCACAGAUCCGCGAGCUGGUCGAACUACCUCUGAGGCAUCCACAGCUUUUCAAGUCCAUCGGCAUCAAGCCACCACGUGGAAUUCUCAUGUACGGUCCUCCCGGUACUGGUAAGACUCUUAUGGCUCGAGCUGUUGCCAAUGAGACGGGAGCAUUUUUCUUCCUCAUCAACGGUCCGGAAAUCAUGUCAAAGAUGGCCGGUGAGUCAGAGUCCAAUCUGAGGAAGGCCUUUGAAGAGGCCGAGAAAAACUCGCCUGCUAUCAUUUUCAUCGAUGAGAUCGACUCCAUUGCGCCAAAACGUGAGAAGACCAACGGUGAAGUCGAACGACGUGUUGUAUCGCAGCUCCUUACAUUGAUGGACGGGAUGAAGGCUCGUUCCAAUGUAGUCGUCAUGGCCGCCACCAAUCGACCGAACUCUAUUGAUCCCGCCCUCCGUCGGUUCGGUCGCUUCGACCGUGAAGUCGAUAUUGGUAUCCCAGAUCCGACGGGACGUCUUGAGAUUCUUCAAAUUCACACCAAGAACAUGAAGUUAGGAGAAGAUGUGGACAUGCAAACGAUAGCUGCCGAGACGCACGGCUAUGUCGGUUCUGAUCUUGCAUCCCUCUGCUCGGAGGCUGCGAUGCAGCAAAUUCGUGAAAAGAUGGAUCUCAUUGAUUUGGACGAGGAUACCAUUGAUGCAGAGGUUCUGGACUCUCUCGGUGUGACCAUGGAGAAUUUCCGCUUCGCUCUCGGUGUCUCCAACCCGUCCGCGCUUCGCGAAGUUGCGGUCGUGGAGGUUCCCAAUGUCAGAUGGGAAGACAUUGGUGGUCUCGAAGAUGUCAAGCGCGAGCUCAUCGAGUCCGUGCAAUAUCCCGUCGACCACCCCGACAAAUUCCUCAAAUUUGGCCUGUCGCCAUCCCGUGGUGUUCUCUUCUACGGACCUCCUGGAACGGGUAAAACAUUACUCGCCAAAGCCGUCGCCAACGAGUGUGCCGCAAAUUUCAUUUCCAUCAAAGGACCCGAGCUUCUCUCCAUGUGGUUCGGUGAGUCAGAGAGCAACAUUCGCGACAUUUUCGACAAAGCCCGUGCGGCUGCUCCUUGCGUUGUCUUCCUCGAUGAGCUCGACUCAAUUGCCAAAUCUCGUGGCGGCUCAGUAGGCGAUGCUGGCGGUGCUUCGGACCGCGUAGUCAACCAGCUGCUUACCGAGAUGGAUGGUAUGACGUCCAAGAAGAACGUCUUCGUCAUCGGUGCUACGAAUAGACCUGAGCAGCUUGAUAACGCUCUGUGCCGCCCUGGACGUCUCGACACACUUGUAUACGUCCCACUCCCAGACAAAGAAUCCCGCCAGAGUAUCUUGAAAGCACAGCUCCGCAAGACACCAGUCGCCCCUGACGUCGAUCUUGACUUCAUUGCGCAAAACACCCACGGCUUCUCUGGUGCCGAUUUGGGCUUCAUCACCCAGCGUGCCGUCAAGCUAGCUAUCAAGGAAGCCAUUUCGUCUGACAUUGCUCGCCAGAAGCAGCGCGAGGCAGCCGCCGAGGCAGCCGGCGAAGACCUCAUGGAUGAAGAUGUUGAGGGCGAGGAUCCAGUGCCAGAGCUUACCAAACGCCACUUUGAGGAGGCUAUGUCCACCGCACGCCGGUCGGUCACCGAUGUUGAGAUCCGCCGGUACGAGGCUUUUGCUCAAAGUAUGAAGAACGCUGGGCCAAGCUCGUUUUUCCGAUUCCCAGACGCCAACAACGCAGCGGCAAACACCGCGACAGACGGUGGUGAAGACGAGGGGCUUUAUGACUAG